AGUAUAGCUGCAUCACAGCGAGGCGAUAAAACAUGGCUUCCGAAAAUAGGCCGAAGAAGGAAGCUGGGAAAGUCCGCCGGAAAAUGACUUCAUUUAAGCAAUGAUUUUGUGAAAACUCGUUGAAAAGCGCGGAAAACUGUAAAGGAAGAGUUGAAAUAAUGUCUGUACCACCACGAUGGCUGAACUGCCCCAGGAAAAGUCAAGUAAUCGCAGACAAAUUUCUUGCAUUCAAGACACCAUUAGGACCCCGUUAUGAUGACGAAAUCCCUGAGGCAAACCGAUUUCAACUGCCUAUGCUGUUUGCAUACCUUCAGUCAUUAAAGGUAAGAUUACGCUUGAUCGUAGACUUAACAAACACAGAUCGCUUUUACGACAAAGACGAGGUGGAAAAGGCGGGAAUCCGUCAUGUCAAGAUGCAGUGCAAGGGGCAUGGAGAAGCACCCUCAAGAGAGCAAGUUGAUCUUUUUAUCAGAAUGUGCGACCGUUACUUCAGCCAAAACCCAGGAGAGUUGAUAGGUGUUCACUGUACUCAUGGUUUCAACAGAACAGGCUUUUUAAUCAUCGCUUACCUCGUAGAAAGGGAUGAUUGGAGUGUUGAGGCAGCAGUACAUUGUUUUGCACAGUGUCGCCCUCCUGGUAUCUACAAAGCACACUAUUUACAAGACCUUGCCAAUCGUUAUGGAGACCCAAAGGAAGCGAUGGCUGCUCCUGAGUUACCAGACUGGUGCCUUGAGGAGGAGGAAGGGCACAGUGACAAUGAAGAACAGAAUGGUGGUGCUUUGGAAGCAGCAAGUCGCCCAAGUAGGAAAAGACCCAAGUGGGACCCUAGAUUAAAGGAAGCAAAGUUCAUGGAUGAAGUAGAAGGCAUAGAAGUUGUACAUUCACCAAAGAGAGAAGAAAUCCAAGAAAUAUGUGAAAAAAUGUGCUCAUGGGAAAGUGGUGGGUUUCCAGGAAGCCAGCCAGUCUCAAUGGAUGUCCAGAACAUUAAACUGCUUCACGAGAAACCUUACAGAGUAAGCUGGAAGGCAGAUGGUGUCAGAUAUAUGAUGCUUAUUUUAAGGGAACAAGAAGUAUACCUAAUUGACAGAGACAACAAUGUGUUUGCUGCACCACAGUUUCACUUUCCGCAGCGUAAAAUCCUUAAAGAGCACGUCUAUGACACUUUGAUUGACGGGGAAAUGGUUCUUGACAAGGAAAAUGAUAAAGUACAUCCGCGAUACCUGGCCUAUGACAUCAUCGUAUUCCAGGGUCAAGAAGUGGGCAAGAAAAGUCAUGAUAUCAGAAUGCUGUGCAUUGAGAAAGAAAUUGAGUUUGCUCGCAGCCAAGCAGCUCAGCAAGGACUACUGGACAAGUCAAGGGAGCCGUUUAGUAUAAGAGCAAAGAAAUUCUUUCCAGUGGAGAAAACAGAAUGGGUUUUAGAGAGCUGGAGUCCUAAACUAAGCCACGAAAAUGACGGUUUGAUAUUCAACCCGGCAGAAGAGCCAUAUUCUCCCGGCCAAAGUCCUGAAGUACUAAAAUGGAAACCACAUACGCUUAACUCAGUGGAUUUCGUGCUUAACAUAAGAACAGUAACGCAAGAAGGUUGUAUCCCUCAAUCAAUUGGCGCACUCAUGGUCGGUGGUUACGAUAAACCAUUCGCUGCCAUCAAGGUAACGAAAGAGUUAAAAAACCUCAAUAAGAGAGUUGUGGAAUGUACUUGGGAUGCUGAAAACAAUCAGUGGAAAUUUCUCAGAGUCCGAGAAGACAAGAGCUUUCCUAAUGGCUACAACACAGCUAUGAGUGUGUGCAAAAGCAUUAAACAGCCAGUAACAAAGAAAUGGCUUCUGGAAGUGAUAGAGAAAUAUCGCUACCAUUCAAAUCGACCCAGGGACCCUAACGUCGCGUCUACGAGUCACUCUGCGGUGUAAAUAUAACAGUUUAACCAAUUUGUUGUUUGGAUAGCCAUGUUGGGUCAGAUAAGAGCAUUCUGAAAGCGACAGAAGCAAGUUAAAAUUAGUACGUGCAGCUUGAAACAUCUGUUUUUUACCGAAAUAUUUAAACGCUUCGCACUGGAAAAGCUGUAGGUAAAUAUGUCGCGUCGUCGACCUCUCCGACCAAGUCUUUCGUACAGGUUAAGAGGAGAACCGACGCUCGGCUCCAGCGUCUCCGACGAGGUCUUCGUGAAAGCCGAAUGCAACCGACAGGGUUUACCGAAGAUAAGCCGAACAUCAGCUCGUCGACGCAAGUUUUUUAUAGCACAAACCGCUGUACUUCUGUACUUGGAAUAUUCUCUUUACCACUUUCAUCCUUGUGUUAUUUUUAAAUAUUUUGAACAUUCCCUCAUGGUGAUUUCCCUGAAAUGAUCACGACCGGUGUUCUCAUAGCCCUCUUGUUGAAUGUGUUUUACAAAGUUAAAGAGAAGUUAAAAAUUA